AUGAACGACGAAUUGGAGCAGGUGAAGAAGGGCGCCAAUGCUAUCUUCCGAGCUAUUCUGUCGCAGAGUGAUCUACCGGUCCAGGAUUUUAUUGUCGUUCCAUUUCAUGAUCCAGUGGUGAACAAAAAACUGGUGACCGUGACGAGAAGUACGUAUCUGUUUAAAAAAGCAUUGGACAAUAUGUACGUGGAUGGUGGGGGUGACUGUCCCGAGAUGGCCAUAUCUGGUAUUCAGCUUGCUCUGCAAGUGAGUCGACCUUGCUCUUUUCUAUUUGUAUUCACGGAUGCCAGCGCCAAGGAUUAUAACUUGACGGAUACUGUUAUCAGUGAGAUCCAGUCAACGGGGAGUAGCGUGGUUUUUGUACUGACCGGUGACUGUGGCUAUCGCUCUGGUCCCGAGUAUGAUGCAUUCAAGAGAAUUGCUACUGCUUCCACAGGAGCAAUUUUUCAAGUGAAAAAGAAUGCUGUCGACCAAGUGAUUAAAUAUAUUGAUUUGACUGUGCAAGCACGCGUCGUCAAUCUAUUCUAUGCGAGCGGAUUGGAAGCCGGGGAGCGCACAUUCUACUUUCCUGUCGAUUCGUGUCUUUUGGAUUUAUUGGUAACAGCCACAGCCAAUGGAACUGCUGAAGAAAUCGAUGCAGUAGAAAAUGAAAUCAGAAUUCAUCUUGUGGACCCGGCAACAAAGUCAGACUAUCCUUUCGACAUCAACGAGAAGGCAGUAAAAGUUAUAAAAGUAGACAAACCAGAAGUAGGUCAAUGGAAGUUAGAAGUUAUGUCACUUCUGCCAUAUUCUGUGACUGUCAGCGGACGCUCAGUUUGUAAUUUCAAAGUGUCGUUUACGUACAAAGGAUCUCCAGGAUCUUUCUAUGUUCGGCCUGUAGUUGGUCAGUCUGUGAGUAUUGUUUUAAACGCUACAGAACCACCGAGUGAUGCUACGAAUUUGACAUGUACUUGUCAGAAUGCUCAAGUCACUCAUCUUAACUUGAUGCAUCUGAAUGGAAAUCGCUUGCAAAUACUUCCUGUUGACUGGAAUGUCAGCAACUUGUUUAGUGCUCUCGACAAAACGACUUUUAUAGCCCCUAAGGAUGAGUUUCUGGUUGUAAUAGUUGGCUAUGAUGAACAUGGAUACCAUUUUCAGAGAAUUUCAUCUACAGUAGUUCCUGGUCAGGCAGAUGCUCCUGUUGCGAUAAAUCCACAGACUGGUGUGAUAUGGGCUUUUAUGGCAGAGCCUCUUGAACUGCUAUGUCGUUUUAGCAGUAUUGUGUCUGUAACUAUAGUUUGGUACAAAAGUGGGCAGCCUUUGGACACAAGCAAUGAUCGAUACGUGUUCUACAAUGAUGGCCGUUUGGUUAUUUUGAAUGUAACACGUGCUGAUGAGGGCAUUUACCAUUGUGAGAUACAAAGCAGAGAAGGGAAUGUGGAUGGAUUUCCUCUUAAUGUUACUAUCGCUCAAGCACCCGUGGUUAUUGAUGGACCUGUAAAUUUAUCAGUGGCUUCUGGACAUGAUGCGAUAAUUGUGUGUCAAGUCAUUGGGGCUCCUACUCCUACGGUAGAGUGGUUGAUCAAUGGAUCAGUACCUAGAUACAACCCACGUGUUGACAUAGAAAUUUUUGAAACCAUUCCAUUGUCUAUCUAUUCAAUAAUUAAUAUUCAGCCAGAAGAUCAAGCUGAUCUCACUUGCCUUUCAAAGAAUAUUGCUGGGGAAACGCGUGUCACAGCAAAGAUUGAAGUCCAAGCCGGACCAAUAAUUGUGGUAUAUCCAAAACAGCUUGUGCGUCAUGAUGGCGAGAAUGCCACGUUUACUUGCAAAGGAGAGGGUCUUCCAUCUUCAACCAUUGACUGGUAUCGAGGCAACACAAGGUUGAGCAGUAUCAAGGUGUCAGUUCUCGAAAAGCAACUGACUUUAGUAUCAGUGCAAGUCAAAGAUCAAGGUGUAUACACGUGUGUUGGAACAAAUCUGUUGGGCUCUAAGAAUGAGACCGUACAUCUACAAGUCCAUGUUGUUCCUCGUAUCACAAAGGAACCUGUUGAUACCAACGUAUUAUUUAUGCGGACUGUUCUGCUGGAAUGUAUUGCCAUUGGGAAUUCUCGUCCAACGAUAGUGUGGCUACACAGCGGUGAACCACUCAAACUCGACGGAAGGCGACGGCUGUUAGAGAAUAACAAUCAAAAGUUGGUCAUAACUAACGUCGAACAAUCAGACAGUGGGCGCUACACGUGUGUCGCAGAGAAUGAAAUUGGUCGAGACAGGAUAUCAGCCUAUCUACUUGUGAUAGUGCCACCAGUCAUUACUCCUAUGGUGCCUAAUGUUUUUGUGUCUUUUGGAAAAUGCAUUUGGUUGCCAUGUGAUACAGAAGGUGCCCCUCCACCAAACAUUGAAUGGUACAGAGACGGUGUCCGUGCCUUUACAAAUUUGCCCAAGUACCAAGUGCACGUCAAUGGUACUUUACGUAUUUGCAAUGCUGCUGAGUCUGAGUCAGGCACUUACAUGUGUAUUGCUCGUAAUCGGGGAGGUACAACUAAUGCAACAACAGUGUUAGACAUACAAGCUUAACCUACUAUUAAUCCUCGGUUGCCUGAUUUGUGGGUGCUUGUUGGAGAAACAGCAACGUUUGAAUGCCAAACACCAAAAGCGAAUCCGAA